UAGUAACAUUUGCAGAAAUAGGCAACCGGAUGCUUUACAUAAUUAUGAAAUCAGUUCGUAAACAAACAAAAGGCUGUGAUGAACAUUUCACUAAGCAUACCCUUAAUUAUUUAAUGAAAAUAGUUUGAAAUAUUCCAAUAUGUGCAUCAACAUUAGUCAAUGUCAAUUAAGAAUGACUAUUACUAGUAAUCCACAAUAUCCUUCAUUUUUGGAUCAGGAUAUAAAAAUUUUCAUCAGAAUUUUAGAGGAUGGAGAACCACAGUUCAAUGCUGAAAAAGCCACCCAUAUAUUUAGAGUCUUACCCAGAGGAUUCAUUGUUUCAACCUCUUUGGGAAUUAAGUCAUUCAAUGGUAAGGAAAAUUGAUAAGCAAUUUCGCAACAUCAAAUUUUUAUGAUGUCGAUUUCAAGGAUGAUAUGCUUACUUAUUAUUUUCACCAAAUACAAUAAAAAAUCUUGUAAGAUUUCUCAGUUGCACAAAUAUUGAUUGUUUUCUUUCAUGUGAUUUCAGUCAACAAGCAGUUAUAAAACUUUUAAAUGAUAAAUUAGGGGAUUGCUUACUAAAAUUAGUGUUCUACAUAAAUGUUAAGCGGCAUAUUCAUUGCAUUUUUGUUUUGAGAUUAUUGAAACCCUACUUUAAGGAGAUGAAAGAAAUCUUCAACUCAAUUACACAUUUGAAUUAUAUAUUGGUAUGAGUAAAAUAUUGACGAAUUGAUACUGUUCAUUUUUUUAAUGCAACAGCCUCAUCAAAUUUUUCCAUGUUUUGAUUUGGAAUUAUUAUUUGUUGUUCCAUGU